AUGCCGGAACUCAAGCCCUACAAGGGCGGCACCUACUACCUCUGGGACUAUGUCCCGUCGAUGCCAGCGGCCAUUGUGGCCGUGGUGCUGUUCGGCCUUCUCACAUCAGGCGUCGUAUGGCGUAGCAUAUCCACGCGAACACGCUUUUCCAUUCCCUUUGCCAUCGGCGGAUUAUUCGAGUUCAUAGGUUACGUCGCCCGCGCCGCCGCCCCCGACAAGACGGACAAUCUGAUCCUCUUCAUCCUGCAGACCGUCUCCAUCCUAGUCGCCCCCGCGCUCUUCGCCGCGUCCGUGUACAUGGUGCUGAGCCGGCUGGCGCGCAGCGUGCACGGCGAGCGGCACCUGGUGAUCCGCCCACGGUGGCUAACUCUUGUCUUCGUGCUUGGCGACAUCUGCUCCUUCCUGGUGCAGUCGGCCGGCGGCGGCCUGAUGGCGUCGGCGAGCUUCUCCAGGACGACGGCGCAGAACAUCAUCCUGGCCGGCCUCCUGAUCCAGAUCGUGUUGUUCGGGCUGUUUUCCGUAACGGCCAUCAUCUUUCACGUCAGGAUGCGGCGCUGGCCAUCGGCGGCGUCGAGGGGCGGCAGCGGCAACGGUGGGGUCCCGUGGCAGCGCAUCCUAUGCAUGAUGUACGUGGUCAGCGUGCUCAUCAUGGUGCGGUCCGUGUUCCGCGUGGUCGAGUACGUCAUGGGCAAGGGGGGCUACCUGCUAACGCACGAGUGGACGCUGUACGUGUUUGACGCGCUGCUGAUGGUGCUGACCAUGGCCGUCUUCGUGUGGUGGUACCCGGGGCGGUUGACGCCGCCGCCGGCCGCGUGGGAGAGCGUCGAGGGUGCCGGCAGCAUGCGCAUGGGCGGCGGCGUCAACGACUCAAGCGUGCGGUUGGACUCGGGAGGCGAGGAUGCGUCUCACUUUUCCUCGCGGGGACUGCAAAAGUAG